AUGCUUCUUCACACGGGCCGAUCAACGAAGGGUCGACCAGGAUUACUGCUCUUUUUAUUCCUUGCCAUUGUUUUGAUUGCGCAAUUAGCCGCUGCCCAAGACAAUUCAGAUUCACCGAACAACGACGAUACAAACAACGACAACAAUAGCGACCAAAAUGACGAUAACAGCGACACAACGUCAAGCGAGACAUCAUCAAGCACAUCAAGCACGUCAACAGACAGCUUUCCUGUCAUGACUGUUCCUCCAACAGACGAUGCGCCGUACAUGCAAAAGUCCUCGGCGCCAGAAGGGACCGUCUUCAUCGCCGUCGGAGCCGUCCUAGGCGCAAUGGGCCUCUCUGUCCUGGCAUGGCGGGGAAUCGUGGCGUGGUCUGUGAACCGCUCCGUCCGCCGAGCAGCCAUCAUGCACUCAUCCGAGAGCAAGGGUCUGCUUCGCGGCAAGAAGAAGCGCUCAAAACGAUCCCACUCCCGCAGCCACAGCCACAGCCACCACAACGCCGUCUCUCUCGAAAAAAUGGGUGUGAACCGCCAAAGCCCCUACAGGGACUCGGUGCGAAACUCCAAGAUUCCAACCUCCGGAAGUGGACUGUUCUUCUCUCCGACGGCAGGAAUGCAAAACAGCGCAAACCGCGGCUCGAGUUACCUCCCGGCUGGUUACUAUUCUGCGGGCAAUGCCGCCGCUGGUCUUGCCCAAAAUGUGGGCUUCUCCUCCGAUAGUCUCCCGCCACAAACUCGUGGAUAUACUCGUACGGGCUCCGGCCCUAGCCCGCCAGCUACCCCGGGGGCUCAGCCAGGAAUGCACGAUCCACCCAAAUACAGCAAUAGCAAUAUGCGACAAUCCUACGCCGCCGCAGGGUCAACAAGCAGUGUGAACCUCUCUUCCCCGCCACCGGGAAGAACACCAAGUGCAUAUCUAGAAGAUCUCUUCGAGUCUCAUCAUAACCCUCCCCGUUCUCCUGGGAGACAUCGCUAG